AUGGCGCUGCCAUGUGUCCCCCUCCACCACCCUCCCCAGGAGAGGACAGAGGCCACCUGUCCUGACUGCUGUCCAGGGGGCUUCCCCACAGGUCAGGCGGCAGCGGGAGCAUCUGAGGCCGAGAACCACUGUGGAUCCUUGAAGAUGGAUGCUCUGAUUGUGAAGCUGCUCCAGCUCCAGAGGGCAGCGCGGCUUGGAGGGUGGAGUCACCUGCACGUUGUGGGCAGCGGCGUGUCACCAGCCCAAAUUCCUGGAGGCUUCGACCAGGCCACUGCCAGCCUGGAAGACAUGGUGACACUUGUGUCUGAUGGGCCGGUCAGCUUCAGUCUGAAACCCUCCGUCCUGACACCCAAGCUCAGGGCAGCCAAGGAUAAGGACCAGGAGCAGAGCAGAUGCAGCUCCUCGCCAACAGGCCAGAUGAGGAGCCCCCUACACAACCAGGGGUGGAUCGAAGUUUUAAAACUUGGAAAACAAUCAGAGAAGGUAAGUGUUCUCAGUUACGUCGUCUCGACCAGACCACGGCACCGCGGCGACGUUGACCAAUCUCACAGCAAUGAGGAGGGACCGAGAAUGCCAUGUGCCUGCGUAGUUCAGGGACGCUGUUGA